AAUAUUCUUGCUGUCGCUCACAAUACGAGAAAUCAUUUGGUCGAUACUGAUAUGCGAGUGGAUGGCACCGCCACUCUCUGGCACCACCGCUCGCACACACACUCACUCACACACACACUCACAGCCACUCCACCAGUCGUUCAGUGAUUCCAGUGAUUCCAUCGCUGCCACCGCUCCGGAGCCGUCGAUUCACUUCCAAACGCCACUUAUUUCUACUCUUUUUUCGCUUCAAACGAGUGUUUAUUUUGCAAAUGUUUUUAUUUCGUUAAACAGAAUAUUCUGACAUUUAUUGCAAACACACAUAUCCACGGGAUUUCAUAUACAAACACAUAUCAGUUGCAAAUUUUGUUUGACUAUCGGUUAAUAAAGUGCUAAUUAUGUGGAAAUCUAUUAGUUUUUUAAUCAUGAAGGCCAAGACGUGAUGUGGUUAUCAUUAUGUGAUUCACUCUCCAUUGCCAUUAAAAUAACUCUAUUAUUAUAAUUGGCACCACUUUUGUUACCAUUAAUUAUUGUAUAUAUAUUAAUACGGGAUAAUAAUCGCAAUUAUUGCCACAAAUCUCUAUUUAAGUUCAAACAUAUCAGAAGAGAUGUCGGAUAAGAAUAAAUUAGAACUCAACAGUUUCGGCGGAUCAGCUGCUGGGGAACGGUAUCAGCCAAAUGCUAAUAAUGCUGUCCCUACUGGUGCUGUGCCUACUGAAGUGAAAUUAGUUGACGGAGAUAUACCGGAAAGAGGGCAGUGGUCGGGAAAAAUGGACUUUCUUAUGUCAUGUGUUGGUUAUGCCAUCGGAUUAGGAAAUGUAUGGAGAUUUCCAUACCUUUGUUAUAAGAAUGGAGGAGGUGCAUUCUUAGUGCCAUAUUUAUUAUGUCUGAUUUUGGCCGGAAUUCCCACUUUCUUUUUGGAGGCAUCGCUCGGACAGUUCCUGGGCAUCGGUGGUGUCAGCGUCUGGAAAAUCUGUCCAAUUUUCAAAGGAGUGGGUUACGCGGCGGCGGUGAUGGCAUUCUGGCUGAACGUGUACUACAUAGUGGUGCUGUCGUGGGCCAUGUACUACCUGUACCACUCGCUGUCGUGGGACGUGCCGUGGAGGGGCUGCUCCAACGCCUGGAACUCUCCGAAAUGCAAAUCCGAGUACGAUUUAGCCGACGCCGAGCGCGAGUGCUUUAUUAAAUACGGGCCGACCACCGCUUUCUGCAAAGCCAACGCCUCACACUUCUCCAGCCCUGUCAAGGAGUACUGGGAGAAGAAUGUUCUUCAGGUGACGCCAGGAAUGGGCGAUUUGGGAGGAGUGCGCUGGCCUUUAGCUCUCACCCUAUUUAUAGCGUGGGUGGCCUGUUAUUUCGCCAUCUGGAAAGGGGUCAAAUGGACCGGCAAAGUCGUCUAUUUCACGGCUGUCUUCCCCUACAUAUGUUUGGUUAUCCUACUGUUUCGCGGAAUAACACUUCCCGGCGCAUGGGAUGGCAUUAUGUUUUAUUUGACACCAAAACUCGAUCGCUUAGGAGAUGCUAACGUCUGGAGCGACGCGGCCACACAAAUCUUUUUCUCGUACGGCUCGGGUCUGGCGUUCUUGGCGUAUCCAUCGGCGACACUACAGCUACCGAUAUCUCCUCUUUGGGCGGUUUUAUUCUUCCUAAUGAUCAUUAUGUUAGGUCUGGACAGUCAAUUCUGCACAAUGGAAGGCUUCUUCACGGCUGUCAUCGACGAGUGGCCGCGUCUUCUUCGUCCGCACAAAGAGUUAUUUAUUUUAUUCGUUUGUGUCAUCUCUUACUUAAUUGGACUCAUCUUUGUUGUCGAAGGAGGCAUAUAUUGGUUUGAGUUAUUUAAUACAUACGCCGCGUCCGGCUUUGCGCUCCUGUAUCUCGUCUUUUUCGAAGUCGUCGCCAUUUCCUGGUGUUAUGGAGUCAAUCGAUAUUAUGCUAAUCUGGAGGAUAUGCUCGGGGGAAGUUUGUGCAUUUGGUGGAAAUGCUGUUGGUUUGUCUUCACUCCCACCGUCUGCUUUGGAGUGUUCAUAUUCAGCAUGGUCCAGUACCAGCCACUUAAGUACAUCAACUACGAGUACCCCUGGUGGGGCGAAAUGGUCGGCUGGAUCUUAGCCCUGUCGUCGAUGCUCUGCAUCCCUGGUUACGCCAUUUAUAUUUAUCUUAACACAUCCGGCGAUUUUUCUGAAAAAAUGAAAGUAUUAUUGAGACCGGAUAUGACCACAAUCGAGGCCGAAAUCAGACAGAGAGCGCUCAAGGAGUCAGGUCUGACAACUGUGACUCCAGUCUAACGAUGGCUAACAUAAUAAUUCUCAUUUUUUUUGGUAUAUAUUAUGUUUAAACAAAACAAUAAUAAUAUUUAUUCUGAGAGUACAGUACUUAUCGUACUGAUCCGUGAAAGUAAUGCCAUCGCAACUGCAGUAUAAAUAUUACAAUACAUAUAGAAUUUGUUUUAAGAAUUGCCAAAAACCCACGAAAACCAUUGGAGUCAUUGAUUCUUGGCUUCCAUUUGAUGUUUGAGACAAUUCUCAAACACAUAAAACAAAUGAUUGAUAUAUUAAUGUCAAAAACAAUAGAGUAAUUCUUAAGUAAAAAACCAAAAUAUAC